AUGGAAGAUACCAGAGAGAUUCUACAGGAGGAGGAUGGCUUCCAGCACAAUGAGAUGGAGGAUAAAGACAGGGGAGAAACAAAGUCUCCAAGGAGGAUCAUUUACUUUGCAAAUGGUGAAACCAUGGAAGAGUACAGUACGGAAGAAGAGGAGGAGGAGGAGCAGCAGCCACUUGACACAUCCAAACUCUCCUGGGGGCUCUAUCUGCGGCUGUGGGCAGUUCGAAUCGCAACAACUUCACUUUUUAGUAUUUUCUUUCAAGGAGAUAGACAUCCAGCUUGCGAAUUCCUCGGUGGGAAGCUUGCCAUGCUCUUUGGACUCAAUGAACCUAAAUAUCAAUAUGCAAUAGAUGAAUACUACAGAACACAGAAGAAGGAAAGUGAAGAUGAUGAAGAUGGUGAAAAGAUCUCUGAGACAAAUGAGGCAGAAUCUCUGAAUGAAAAACACCACCUUGAGGUACAGAGUGUAGAAUACGGAUCUAUUAGACUCAAGGAUGCUAUGGAGUUUUCUCAAAGAAGCACUUUUGCAAACAUUAAUGAGGCUUCAAAACAUGACCUACAAAGUCCAAACUGUAUCUCAGCUGUUAAGAAAUGA